UGGGCUGCAUCUGCGUCUGCGGACGGAAGUGGGGCGUGACCUGCGCGUCUCGUGCGGCCGAGAAGCGUCCGCGCGACUGACUCCGCUCCGGAAAGGAGAUGCGCUUCUAUUUAAAUGGCAAUAUCCUCAUUUUCCAUCCUCAUAAUCUGCUAAAAUAGUUUCUGUAAAAGCCGAGGAUUGCGUUGUUAAGCUGGCGGAUGUCUAGCUGCGCGGUUAGCACAAUCAGCUAGUUAGCCACAUUGCGUUGAAGGUUCUGACAUCGUCAAAAGCUGCUUUCAGAAAAUGCCGAGCAGUACGCUGGACAGACCCGAAAAGUCGGAGAUCAACGACAACGUCAAGGUGGUGGUAAGAUGCCGGCCCCUGAACCACAAGGAGAAGAACACGGGGUGCAAGCAGGCGGUCAUCGUGGACGAGAUGCGCGGAACUAUAACGGUCAGCAAGCUGGACGCCCCCGGCGAGCCCCCCAAGACCUUCACCUUCGACACGGUCUUCGGGCCGGACAGCAAACAGCUAGAUGUUUACAAUCUGACGGCUCGACCCAUCAUCGAAUCCGUCCUGGAAGGAUACAAUGGGACGAUAUUCGCUUAUGGUCAAACGGGAACAGGGAAGACCUUCACUAUGGAGGGGGUCAGGGCAGUUCCGGAAUUGAGGGGGAUCAUACCAAACUCGUUUGCUCAUAUCUUUGGCCACAUUGCAAAGGCAGAAGGUGACACAAGGUUCUUGGUUCGUGUCUCAUAUCUGGAGAUCUACAAUGAAGAAGUACGGGACUUGCUGGGCAAGGAUCAAAACCAGCGGCUGGAGGUAAAAGAGCGACCUGAUGUGGGGGUUUACAUUAAGGACCUCUCGGGCUAUGUGGUCAACAAUGCGGACGAUAUGGAUCGGAUAAUGACUUUGGGCCACAAAAACCGGUCGGUGGGCGCGACGAACAUGAACGAACACAGCUCCCGCUCCCACGCCAUCUUCACCAUCACCAUCGAGUGCAGUGAGAAGGGCUUGGAUGGUGACCAGCAUGUCCGCAUGGGCAAGCUGCACCUGGUGGACCUGGCUGGCUCCGAGAGGCAGGGAAAGACGGGGGCCACGGGCCAGCGACUGAAGGAGGCCACCAAGAUCAACCUGUCCCUGUCUACCCUGGGCAACGUGAUCUCGGCGCUGGUGGACGGCAAGAGCACACACGUGCCGUACAGGAACUCCAAGCUGACCCGCCUGCUUCAGGACUCGCUGGGGGGGAACUCCAAAACCAUGAUGUGCGCAAACAUUGGGCCGGCGGACUACAAUUACGACGAGACCAUCAGCACGCUGCGCUACGCCAACCGGGCCAAAAACAUCAAGAACAAGGCCAGGAUUAACGAAGACCCCAAGGACGCUCUGCUGCGAGAGUUCCAGAAGGAGAUCGAAGAGCUGAGGAAGAAACUCGAGGAAGGGGAGGAAAUUUCAGGAUCCGAGGGCAGUGGGUCUGAGGAGAUGGAUGACGAUGAUGAAGAAGAGGGAGGAGAGAAGAGCCGAAAACGGCGAGGCAGUGUCAGCAGUAACUCAGACUCCACCUGUUUUGUUCAGAGCUCUGUGGGAAGGUCCCAGACUAGCAGGAAGAAGGUCUCGCCUGACAAAAUGGUCGAGAUGCAGGCAAAAAUUGAAGAAGAGAGGAAGGCCUUGGAGGCCAAACUGGACAUGGAAGAAGAAGAGAGGAACAAAGCCCGUGCAGAGUUGGAAAAGAGAGAGAAGGACUUACUGAAGGCCCAGCAAGAGCACCAGAUGCUAUUGGAGAAGCUGUCGGGUUUGGAGAAGAAGGUGAUCGUGGGAGGCGUGGACCUGCUGGCCAAGGCCGAGGAGCAAGAGAAGCUGCUGGAGGAGUCCAACAGGGAGCUGGAGGCGCGGCGCAGGCGGGCCGAGCAGCUGCGCAAGGAGCUGGAGGAGAAGGAGCAAGAGCGCCUUGAUAUAGAGGAAAAAUACACCAGUUUGCAAGAAGAGGCUCAAGGAAAAACCAAGAAGCUGAAGAAGGUGUGGACCAUGCUGAUGGCGGCCAAAUCUGAGAUGGCGGACCUGCAGCAAGAGCACCACCGGGAGAUCGAGGGUCUUUUGGAGAACAUCCGGCAGCUGAGCCGCGAGCUGAGGCUACAGAUGCUCAUCAUCGAUAGCUUCAUCCCCCAAGAAUAUCAAGACAUGAUCGAGAACUACGUGCACUGGAAUGAAGACAUUGGAGAAUGGCAAUUGAAAUGUGUGGCGUAUACAGGAAAUAACAUGAGGAAACAGACUCCCGUUCCGGACAAGAAAGAAAAAGAUCCAUUCGAAGUGGAUCUGUCCCAUGUCUACUUGGCCUACACAGAGGAGAGCAUGAAGCAGUCCCUACUGAGGCUCGACAGGCCCAGAACCUCAAAGAGUGCAAGGUCCAAGCCCAAGUCCAGUAGGAGGAAACGGUCUUCCAGACCAGAGUCCGUGAUCGAGUCUCUCCUGCAGUGAACCCAAAACACUUGCUGACAACUCGAUUUGCUACCGAAGAUGCAAAGCUUUUUCCGGCUAAUCUUUGUACAAUAUUAACACGCAAUGCAAUAUGUCGCUGUUCCAUUUGGAAUAUCACCUGAAGUCUUCGAGCGUUAAGUUUACAGAACAUAAUCCUACAUGUAUCAGUCAUGUAUACCUGUUUCCAGCAAAGUCCUGACAAUGUUACACUUAUAUACUUCUACAAUGUGCACAAAGUAAUGGCAAUAGAUGCUAUGAUUUUACCCAGCCUCUGCAGAUAUGGCUCUUACUGUCCAAGUAUAAAGCAGCUGUACUUCGGUUAGUGUCAAAGAAGCGUUUGAUUUAAUGUUAGUGCUGCUCAAACACGACAAUAGACCGAAGCACCCGAUUAAAAAGCCAAUGGACAGAUUUACUGCUGCUGUAGAACUUACAACUGAAUGCCAACCUAGCAGCGCUAAAUCCCACCUACUGAUGGUCUGGUCUUAACGUUGCUCAUCUGUGAAUAUUGUUUCGUUUCUGUGGCUCUUGCAUGCGCCCUAAUUUAUUAAAUUGUCAUACGUUAAAAGUG